UCCAGCCUCGUGGGCUUCUAGGACCCUAUGACGUCACUUCCGGAGUGGUCUGUUGGGAGUUGUGGCGGUGGCGAGGCCCAAGCACAGCCGGCCAAGCGGGGGCAAAACCCAUGUCGUGUCCGCCCCACAGCUCGGCGCCUCUAGAAGCCAUGGCUCUUCCGCUGAAGCUGGAGCCGGACAUGCAGGGAAAGGUAGAUUUGUUUCGGGCCCGUAUCGCCCGGGAAGCCGAGGAUCUCGUGUCCACCUUCUUUCCUCAGAAGCUCUCAGAGUUGGAUAGCCGAGUUCAGGAGCUCCGGCUGCAAGACCUGCCCAGAAUCCAUUCAGUGCCAACCCCGGAGCCCCUGGACACGCCAGUCACCGUGGGGGAUGGACCCAACCGGGAUCUGCCGCCUCUGCAGACCCAGUUCUCCAUCAAGGUCCCAGCACUGCCUGGCAGCGAGGGACAGCUUCUGCGGAGCAACCAGCAUCUGGUGGAGCUGAUUGAGCGGGUAAAACCUGAGAUCGAGCUGCUGAGAGAGAAAUGCAACACAGUGCGGAUGUGGGUGCAGCUGCUCAUCCCGAAGGUGGAGGACGGCAACAACUUCGGGGUGUCUAUCCAGGAAGACACUGUGGACCAGCUGUGGACCGUGGAGAGCACAGCGACCUCCUAUCUACGAGGCUUCUCUACCUACUACAACACCCGGGCCAAGUUGGUAUCCAAGAUAGUGAAGUACCCGCAAGUGGAAGAUUAUCGCCGCACUGUAGCAGAGGUGGAUGAAAACCAGUAUCUGAGUGUGCGCCAGAUCCUGCUGCACCUACGGAACGAGUAUGCCACCUUGCAUGAUGUAAUCCUUAAAAACUUCGAGAAGAUCAAGACCCCUCGGAGCACCAACACUGAUAACCUAUACUGAUAGCCUUGCUUCACCCCACUUGCCUUCAGGAGUUGGCUGAGCUGUUUAGGCAGCUAGAAAGCUGGUUAUUAAUGACUCUACGGGUGGUGAAAUGACUGGAAAUGUGCGUUAUUACUUAGUUAGAAUUUCAUACAGCUUACCCUCAUAUUGAAUGAUCUUUUGGUGUAAUUUUCAUUUGAUUUUCCAUUUGUGGGGAGAAUGGGGACAAACCAUCAAGGAGAAAGGACUGCCAUUUUUAAAAGCAGCUUUGUAGAUGAAUGUUGGCCAAGAUUUCUUUAUUAUGGCGUUGGUGACAUUGAAUGGUUUCAGGGGUUACUUAAAAACUAAAGCUUAAAAGAAAUUUAAGUGAAGCUUUUCCUAAAGUUCUGCUGUCUGUUAAACUUUGUUCAAACUUCAGAAUGCUGCUUUUACACCAUCAUUUUUCUUUUUUGCAAGGAAGGGAGUUUAAAGGGAUAUGUUUAGGUCAUUGUAUGCCUCCAGUUUAGCAGAUUGAAAUAAAACUGGUUAUAAAAUUUUAUGA